CAAAAGCGUUUGUGUACACGAUUGAAUGGCAAAAACGUGGCUUACCACAUGUUCAUAUUUUACUGAUAGUAGACGAAGCGUUCAAACCAAAAACAGCAGAUGAUGUACAACGAGCAGUAAGAGCAACAAUUCCAGACGCGCAAGCUGAACCCAAACUUUAUGAUAUCGUGAGUAGAAAUAUGAUUCAUGGACCAUGUAACUUUCUUAAUCCGGAUAGCGUUUGCAUGAAGGAUAAUGGCGAUGGUCUUAAAUGCACAAAGAAUUUUCCAAAAGACUACAGAAAUGACACAGUUUUCGAUGGUGUAAACGGCUACCCAUUAUAUGCGAGACCACAAGAUGGAAGGUACACAUUGAGAAAAGUCGAUGGUCAGAAUAUAAAAAUGACAAACAAUUGGGUAGUACCAUACAAUCCAUGGUUACUUUCGAGAUAUGCUUGCCAUUUGAAUGUUGAAAUAUGUUCAUCGAUAAAAAGUGUUAAAUAUUUGUAUAAAUAUGUUUACAAAAGUCAUGACAGUGCAACUUUACAAUUGUCCGAAGGUAAUGAGAUUUCAAAUUACUUAGACACCCGUUAUGUUUCUGCUCCUGAAGCUAUGUGGCGUAUAUUUGCCUUUAAAAUUCAUGAUAGUAUUAGUCAUAUUAUUCAUCGAUUACCGAUUCAUUUACCAGGUAUGCAAAUAGUUACAUUCCGAGAAGGACAGGAAGUACUAGCAGUGGAAAAUGCCCAAAAUAAACUUACACAACUAGAAGCAUUUUUUAAACUAAAUGCAUCACGAUCAAAUGAUAAUAACUCAUUGUUUUAUUUAGAUUUACCAACAACACAUCACUUUUCUGUAAAUAACCAAUGGGAACUCAGAAAAAGAUACAUUAAAAAUAUUAUUGGUAGAAUGUACAGUGUUUCGCCACAAGAACAAGAAAGAUUUGCCUUACGAAUUCUAUUACUACAUCGACCAAAUCCUACAUCAUUUGAAGAUCUCAGAACUGUUGAUGGGAACCUGAAACCAUCAUUUGUCGAAGCUGCUAAAACAUUAGGAUUACUAGAAGACAAUAGAUUAUGGCGUCAAACAAUGGCUGAAUUAGCAUUGAGCUCAAUGCCUGUACAAAUUAGAAAUAUGUUUGCAUAUAUUUUAGCAUAUAAUGGCCCAACAGAUGCAUUAGAUAUAUUUGAAGAAUUUUAUUUUGAAAUGACAGAAGACUAUAAUCGAGCAGAAAUAUAUGGUAAUCAAUCUAGAUACAUGUGUUUACGGUCAAUUGAAGAUGUGUUGGAAGCAAACGGUCGACAUCUACAUGAGUUUGGUCUUGAAUUACCUGAAGGAAAUUAUAUAGAGGCCACAACAAUUGAAGAAGUCAACCAACAACAUCUCGAAGAUCAAGCUAUUACUAUGUAUGAGAAAUUAAAUCCUGAGCAACAACAAAUUUACAACAUGGUUCUAGAUGCAAUCAAUAAUCCUCAAACUCGGAGUUCAAAAAUUUUCUUUGUAAAUGGCGCAGGAGGGACGGGUAAAACUACACUAUAUAAAGCGUUAAAUCAUAAAUUGAAAUCCCAAGGUAAAAUUACAAUCAGUGUUGCGUUUACUGGGAUUGCAGCUUCAUUACUUCAAGAUGGAACUACAGUUCAUUCAGCUUUUGGAUUACCACUUAACAUUUGCGAAACAAGCACAUCUUCCCUCAGGCAUAGUAGUAAACAAGCAAUCAAAAUUAAAGAUUCUCCGCUAAUUAUAUGGGAUGAAGCUCCUAUGUCAGCAUCAUUACAAGUAUCAGCUGUCGAUAAGCUUUUGCGAGAUUUGAUGCAAAAUAAUUCAUGGUUUGGUGGUAAGCCUAUAUUGUUUGGAGGCGAUUUUCGUCAAGUAUUGCCAGUGGUACAGAGAGGAAAUCGGGCACAAAUAGUAAAUGCAUGUAUUAAGUGUAAUCCAAUGUGGCCAUUUAUUACUCAAUGCAAUUUGACCACCAAUAUGAGAGCACAAACAGAUCCAUGGUAUAGUGAGUACAUUUUAAAUAUGGGUAAUGAUAAAAUUCCCAAAUUGCCGUGUAGCAAUUUAAUCAGGUUGGAGAAUGAAUUUUUGACAAAAGAGCCAAUACAAAAUUUUGUUUUUCCAAGGACAAUGGAACCAUGUGACAUGCAACAAUAUGCUGAUCAUGUGAUACUCUGUCCAAGAAAUUUAGAAUGUCAUGUGAUAAAUGAUAAUAUUCUAAAUCGUAUAAAUGCUUCAGAACAUAUUUAUAAUUCGAUCGACAGUAUUGAUGAAAGUCAGCCAGCAGAUGCUAUUAACUAUCCUACAGAAUUCUUAAACACGAUACAACCAACGGGAUUUCCACCACAUCGACUACGUCUCAAAAUAGGAGCAAUUAUUACUCUGUUGAGGAAUUUAGACAAAACGAAGGGCUUAUGUAAUGGAACUAGAUUAGUUGUUAAAAAACUACACAAUCACUCCAUAGAAGCAAAAAUGUUUAACAAUAAUAUUGUCCUAAUACCACGCAUAGAUUUAGUAUCGACCAAUGACCCAUCAUUGCCCUUUACAUUGCGGCGUAGACAGUUUCCAGUGAGACUUGCUUUUGCGUGUACAAUUAAUAAAUCUCAAGGUCAGACAUAUAAUAAAGUUGGAUUACUAUUGGAUUCUACAAUAUUUAGUCAUGGUCAGUUAUAUGUAGCAUUUUCACGUGUUCGUUCUAGACAUGAUAUCAAAGUAUCUGUGAAAGAUUUGACAACACAAGGACGAUUACAUGGCUAUCAAGGAAUUUAUGUAUCAAAUAUAGUUUAUCCGGAAGUUUUAAAUGAUAUUUAAUAAAAUGUUAUUACUUAGUGUUAACAUACAAGAUGCUAUUACUUAGUGUUAGCAUGUAAAAAUUGUUCUUACUUAAUGAUAACAUACAAGAUGCUAUUACUUAGUGUUAGCAUGUAAAAAUUGUUUUUACUUAGUGAUAACAUACAAGAUGCUAUUACUUAGUGUUAGCAUGUAAAAAUUGUUUUUACUUAAUAAUAACAUUCAAGAUGCUAUUACUUAAUGUUGGCAUAAGUUCAUAUUCAUUUUAUGAAAAGCUAUUAUAGACCAGUUGUAAUAUUGAAGUAUCGGGAUUAAGUGUAUUAAGAAUCGAGAACCUCAGGUAGAAAUCAUAUAAUUUUAAUUAAUAAAUUAUUUUUCUAUAAGAAUUUGUGAUGAUAUAUAAUAAAGUACUAACAAAAAAUUAUAGUAAUAAAAUGUGUUUAUGUUGCUGCUGCUAAUUAGGUAUUUAUUAGAACUAAUACUGUUCCAAGUUCAAAAGUCAACAUAAAAAUGAUUCAUUUUUGUUAAUGAAUAAAACUCAUCAAUAUAAUU